GAUACAUCCCAUACCGUACCACACGUGAGCGCGCUGGAGACGUUAACUUCUAGUCACUGUCCUUGCUCUAAAUUACACAUUAGAAAGUGAAAUACAACCUGGCAUUUGGCAAAUACACGUAAUUGACGAUGUUUUCCCGUGUUGUCUCUGUGUAUAGUAGUUGCAUUGGCUAACGUGGGCACUUCUGAGAUUGCAAGCAUGGCUUUAAUGGAUCAGAAAAAACGCAAGGAGAGACAAUGGGAGGACAAACUGAAGAAGUUACAAGCUACAGAAGCAUGGUACAAGACCUAUCCUCUUAUUCCUGUGUACAGGCCACAUCUGAUAGAUCCAUCCCCAUUUUGGCACAUAGUAUAUCGACAGAAACACGCAUUUGAAAUUGCCGCUGCACACCCAGAGGAUGUCCAUGUUUUUGCCUUUGAAGCUGAGAAUGUUACAGCUGAUACAGCAACUAAGGGACAGCGAAAGUACAUCAUCACAAAUUAUUUACAGCUAUGGCAUACUAUAUACCACCUGGCUGCUCGUGGAAAGUAUCCAACAUUUUAUGAGGUGAUCCCCGAAGGCUCAGCUUGCAAACUCUAUUUCGACUUGGAAUUCAGUCGGUUCCUGAACAAAGAAUGCUGUGGUGCUGAAAUGGUGAACACUUUCAUUCAGUUUGUGUGUGCUGAGAUUAUGGAGAUAUACCAGAUACAGUGCGUUAUUGAUCAUGUGAUCAAUCUUGAUGCCACAACACCAAGUAAAUUCAGUCGACAUCUCAUCUUCAGCCUACCACAGGCGGUUUUCAAGGAUAAUGUACAAGCAGGUAAUUUUGUGCAUUAUUUGUGUGAGAAAAUUCGGAAGAUUUGCCAAACAGAAAGUCCAACAGAAAGCGAUGGAGAGCCUGGUGCAAAGAGGCAGAAGCAAAAAGGAGAGAAGACUGGGAGUGGCAGAUACAGGGUACCAGAUCCAGAAAGUCGGCCCAACACUCCACUGCUCCAAAAACUAUUCAUUGAGAAUAAAGAUGGCCUGUCAGUUUUGUUUGUUGAUCAAGGAGUGUACACUCGUAAUAGGAAUUUCCGUCUAUACAAGUGCAUCAAAUUGGGAAAGGCAAAUCCAUUACUUAUGGCCAAGGAUAAUAAAUACAAGCCUCGGAUCAACAGAAAGUCCAGUACUAAUCAGGCCAUGUGCGAGGCAACCAUGGAACGACAGUUCUUUCUGGAUUCACUGAUUACUAACGUCAGUUAUUGCCCAGGUACACGCGUCUUAACGAUGGAACGUAAUGACGACCAGAAGGCAAGGAACGUCAGCCAUUCACAUCGGAAAGAUGCCAUAAAAACACAAGGUGAACCCGGUGAAUUGCUUGAAGGAUUUGAUCAUUCUCCCUACCCUAACAUAGAUGCAUUCAUCUGUACAGUAAUCACUAAUGGAGGUAUCCAAGGAGUGAUUCGACGCUGGGUUUACUUCACUCAAGGACAGUUGCUUGUCUAUGAUAUUAUCAAGAACAGAUGGUGUGGUAACAUACACCGCCAACAUAAGAGCAACAACAUCAUGAUUCUGGUUGAUCUUCGUCGUGGUGUGUACUACCAGAAGUGUCAUGAUCCUGACUGUAAAGCUGCUGGUUACAAGUCACCUGAUACUGCUCUCCCUCCUCAGCUCAUUCCAUCCUUCGGAGAUGAUGUUGACGAUGAUGAACUCUUAGCUGCCGUUACUGCAGUGGAAGAAAGGGAAUCUCAAAAAGACCCUAGCUGUAACACAACCAGCCAUAAUGUGGGUGAACUCAGUGAUCAAGAGUUACUGGCAUCUGCACUGCAAGUUGAAGGUGACUUGCAACAAUAGCCAGCUUGGUGGUGACAUUAAAUGAUGAAAACUAAAUAAGUACUAUCACUAGACGGCGCACGUAGGAGGGCAAGUGAUACAGCAAGGGACAAGUGUUCAGAUGUCGAAAAUGUGAUAAGGCACUGCUAGUAAUUAUUGAUGAUGGUGUUUAACUCAUUUUGUAAGUUUGAUCCCACUUCUACCGUCUUUAAUUCCAAGGAAAUGUAGUCUGUUACUUGCUGUAUCACUGCAAACAGAUGAAAACUGUUGGAAGCCAUGUGAUGCAGGGAAAAGUAAGGAGAGUGGAGUAGCAGUGAGAACGGUUAUUCGGCAGGCCAGGAAUGUAAAAAGUUUCCAUGCCAGAAAUUGUUUGUGUAACAAACCUGGAAGUGAGUACCUAAGCAAGGGAUGACUCUGACAAAGAGAAAGCUCUAGAUCAACUGAAAAGAAUAUUUCUCCCAUCAUUUUAUUCUAUAAUUCUCACGAACUGAAAUAUCGACUUGAAUUACUGUAUGGUUUUAACAUCUAAAUGAUUAGCUUCUUGCAUAACAUCAUUCAUUAUUGGAUGCAAGUGAAAUAAAAUCUUACAUACCAUACUUUUGAA